AAUAUAAUUAUUUCUAAUAAUUCUCAAAAGAUAUGAAAGUUAUUGUGAUUUUGUGUGUAAUCCUGAUGUUGUGGUCGGUUAGCGACAGCGCUGGUAUCAAAUCGGAUGACACGGCUAAUGUGGUCCCGGAUGGGGAUAUGGGUGUCAACGAGGUUCAGGAGGACCAGGCUUGUGGUAAUGGUGGCAACGGUAAUGGUGGUGGCGGUACCGGUACAGGUGGGGGCGACGGCACCGCCAAUUCCCCGGGACGUCGUGGUGGUCGAGGCCGAUAGGUUGGCAUUUGGGUCAUGGAC